UCCGGACUUAAGGCUCAUUGGCUGAAUAAGGAACGUGCUCUUCAGGACGAGAAGGUCUCAUGGCCUCGAUUCCUCCGCGGGCUAGCGGAGGCUAGACCCAAUUGGGCGAGGCCUACAGAGGGGCGGGGUCUUCUUAUUCUGGGGUCGCGUUCCCAGGUCUAGCAGACCGUUCUUUAGGCCCGAAGUGAAAACUGGCGUCUAGGAAGUAGUGCUGGUGUGGGGGUGGAGUCAUGCUAGUCCGUACCUCGCUGCCCUGACUCUGGCGCACCAGGCAACCAGCAUCGAAUCCUAGCGGGGCGGGCCGUGUCGCGUGCGUGACGUCAUCGUAGGGCGCUGCGCACAGCCGGAGGGAGCACGACCUCUCGUGGCACAGGGAGCGGUGCGGCUAUGCUGCAGCUAGUCCGUUCCGGGGUGCGGGCAUGGGUUCGGCCCGCCGGCUGCCGGGUGAGGCUGGGAGCCGGAGAGCAAAGAUCUGGGGGCCCGGUGGCACUCCUCACUCUCCCGCAGCGCUUACAGGGCCUGAACUCGCUGGCGGAAGAGGCAGCGCCGCCGGCAGUGGAACCGGAGCCGGUGGCAAGCUCAGGUCCUCCGGCGCCCACGUUGCGCAGGUGCGAGCUCCCAUUGCCCGCGCACCGGCGCCCGAUGCAGGCCUGGGUAGAGUCCUUGCGGGGCUUCGAUCAGGAGCGUGUGGGCCUGGCUGAGCUGCACCCCGACGUCUUCGCCGCGGCACCCAGGCUGGACAUUCUGCACCAGGUCGCCAUCUGGCAGAAGAACUUCAAGAGAAUCAGCUAUGCCAAGACCAAGACUAGGGCUGAGGUGCGGGGCGGUGGCCGGAAGCCCUGGCCGCAGAAAGGCUGUGGGCGUGCCCGUCAUGGCAGCAUCCGCUCCCCAAUCUGGCGAGGAGGAGGCAUUGCCCACGGCCCCCGGGGCCCCACGAGUUACUACUACAUGUUGCCUAUGAAAGUACGAGUGCUGGGUCUCAAGGUGGCACUGACUGUCAAGCUGGCCCAGGACAACCUGCACAUCGUGGACUCCCUGGAGCUGCCGACCCCAGACUCCCAAUACCUGACAGAGCUGGCCCAGUACCGCCGCUGGGGGGACUCUGUGCUCCUUGUGGACUUAGCACACGAGGAGAUGCCGCAGAACGUGGUGUCGUCCACCUCUGGGCUGAAGACCUUCAAUCUGAUCCCGGCUGUUGGCCUGAACGUGCACAGCAUGCUCAAGCACCAGACCCUAGUCCUGACCCUGCGCACCGUCGACUUCCUGGAGGAGAAGCUGCUCUGGCAUGACUCGCGAUACAGGCCCCUCUACCCCUUCCACCUGCCCUACUGCGACUUCCCCUGACCCCCGCCCUGCCCAGCCAGGCCCUGAUGCCUGUCCUCCUAUACCCACUGUCCUACUAUACCGGCUGUCCUCCUGUACUGCCCUUAAUGCCGGGCGCCCACUCUGAGCCAGGCCGAGGAGGCCUCCCUGCCACAAGGGAGGAAGCCAAGGCCACGGCUCACAAGAAGGAAAGAGCAACUCUGCAGAGAGCCCCAACAAGCUCCUGCCCCGUCUCUCCUUUUUUUAAUAAAUUUUUAUUUUUUAAUCAAAGACGUGGGAAAACUAGAGAAUGGCUCCUUGCCACUUUGUUUAUUGUGAAUAAUUGCAUCUGGUGGGUUGGGUUCCUUCACCGGUUCCAGGCAUUGCCAGGUCCUUAUUUCCUUAAGGGCUCACAGUCUCCUUUGAAAGCACCAUCAGGGCUGUUUAUGGAAAUUGCCCAGAAUUAGCUCACAGAUGAGUCACUGAUUCGGGCGAAUGCAGAGGAGUGUGGGUGCCGACGGUUCCCAGGAACUGACUCCUGGCGUGUCCCCCGAGCACAGUCAUCCUACAUGUUCAUCCCAGAAAGGAUUCGUGGUCUGUUUGUACAGCCCUUCAGGUGGACAGCUCGGGCUUGAUCCCACACAUAAUCAGGAUUCGCAGACCUGAAAUUUUACCACAGCGAUUUCCCGGAGGAGUCAGAAAAGCAAAUGGGCCACAGUAAACAAGCUAAUAAAUACAUUUCUAAAAGCAGCUAAACCAGUAUCCUUAUUCUUCCGCCUGUUGUUGUUUGCUCCCAAGUUAAUUUUUUUCAUAACCGUAACAGAGACUAUAAAAUCCCCCCCCCCCAAAAUAAAAAUAAAAUAACAUGGCCAAUUGAUUUAAAGUCUGCCAUGCAUGCACUUCUGUGCAUAUGGGCCUGGCUAGAGCCGGUGGCCACAGCAACGCCCCAUUGGCCGGGCUCCCUUGCUGCAAACACCUCUGGAAUGCCUCUAGAGCUUACACACAUCCUUUGGAAGUCCUCAAUGGAUGUAAGCUUGGAUCUUUAAAGCACCAGAUUUGACUACGUGAAGAAAGACAAGCCAUUUGGAGCCAAACAAUAAGUAAAGAGGUGGUGAGGCUGGGCAGGAAAUGCCACUUGGGCUGAAGUUGAGCUGUUACCUGCCUCCGGUGUGCCUCUUGCCCAGCACCAGAGGGGGUUCCAGGACUUAGAGUAAGACCGAGCUCUCGUCUUGACUGUGCAGUCCAGCCUAGGUAACCUAGACAGCCAAACUAAGGUAAAAAUGCAUCUCAGUUGUCAGUAGGAAGUGGGGCAAGACCAAGCCCUGCCCAUGAGGGUUUUUUAGGGACAUCAUCUAGAACCUGGUGCCCCAUGCUGGAACCUCUGGCUAGACCAAGGGUGUGGAAAGGCAUCAGGAGACAUGAUGUCUAGAAUGUGCUUUAAGACAAUCAGGGUGUACAUGGGAAUCCCUGGGUGGUGUCAGUAGUUACACGCUUGGCUGCUAACCAAAAGAUUGGAGGUUCAAGUCCACCAAGGCACCUCAGAAGAAAGGCCUGAGGAUCUACUUCCAAAAAACUCAGCCAUCAAAAACCCUGUGGAGUAUCAUUCUACUCUGACCUGUGGGGUUGCCAUGAGUUAGAAUUGACUCUCUGGCAACUGGUUCUGGCCUGGUAUGGGGGAAGGUGGGGGGUGCAAGGGGAGAGAUGAGACGAGAUGGCCCUGAGAACUGUUGGGCGACGAGAUCCCUCACGCGUGCGCUCUGCUGUUGCCUCUGUGUGGAAUUCUCCAGGAAAAAAGGCCUUUUUAAGGGUGGGGGAGUAAGAAAGGGAUGGGUGAAGAUACACCUUCAGAGGAGCUGUUACUACCUGCAAGUCCUCUUGGGAGAAGGCCUAACCCAGAGCCCAGGGAGGGAGGGGACUUCACAGCCUUCGAAAUGUCCUUGAAAACAGAACACCCAGGACUCUGGCAGGGCCUGGCCCAAGAAAGCUGCAGCAGGCUGAGGGGGCUGAGAUCUGCGUCCCCAAGAAAGCGGAGGCGAGGGGCAGGCAGCUCUGGUGGAGGAGCCCCGGCGUCCUUACUGGCGUUCGGCCUGUAGGCCCCGGCGGUGAGGAGGUCUCCGCGGAAAGAGGGUAGACGGCAGGACCCAGCCCCAGGGAUGGAGGGAGGAGCCGCCACCCCAGCAAGGGGGGCUGCAAGAGAGACGGGGUCCCAAGGAGCCCAGAAAACACCCAAGAAAGAGCUUCAUGUAGCCCCCAGAUACACCUGGGGCACCCGGAGUGUGAAGCCACCAGCAAGGAGGAGCUGCACUGUCCGCUUUCCCCUUCUCCCUGUACCUGCCGGCCCCAGCAGAAGAUUCCAGAUGUUGGUCGGGGGGCAGGAAGAGAGGGCACAGCAGAGGAGCCGACUGGCUUCCCCACCCAGGCCUCCAACCUGGAGAGGCCUAGGGUGGGGCUGGGGAAUCCACCACAAAGUCGAGUUCAAAGGUUUGAAGGUGAUGCUGACCUGCCUCCUGGGUCUGUCAGCAUUCUCAGUCGGGGGCGGGGCAAGGUUUCUACCACAGAAUAGCUUUCAAGGGGCAGAGGGAGGAGCAAGGUUUUGUUUGAUAAAAAAUCCACACGUCAUGAAUGUUUACUUUACACCCUAGGCCUAUUAGGAGGAAUUAUGAUCCUCGUGUGAACAAGGGCUGUGGGAAGUGCAUAUUUCUGCCUAGAGAGUUUGGGGUGAGACUCUCAAGCUGAACCCCAAGGGAAAUAGGCUAACAGUAACCACUAGGAUGGCUCUCCCUCUGCUGAGCUGCACAGAGCUUUGUGUAAGAACCAUCUGAGUGAAAUUUCAUAAGUAUAACCAUCCUGUUUUUUUUUUUAAUUGUGGUAAAUAUGUAUAUAACAACAAAACAAAAAAAAACCCCAUUGCUGUCGAGUAGAUUCCGACUCAUAGUGACCCUAUAGAACAGAGUAGAAGUACCCCACAGAGUUUCCAAGGAGCACCUGGUGGGUUAGAACCAUCGACCUUUUGGUUACCAGUGGUAGCGCUUCACCACUAUGCCCCCAGGGUUUCCGUAGAGAACAAAGCAUUUGCCAAUUCAACAAUUUUUACAUGUACAAUUCAGUGACACUGUUUACGUUCAUCAACUUGUGCAACCUUGGCUACUACCCUUUUCCCAAUGAUUCCAUCACCAUUAACAGAAACUCAAUGUCCCCUAAGCAAUGACAACCCCUCCCAUCCACCCCCGGUAACUACUAAUAAGCUUUGGUCUCUUUGCAUUUGCCUUUUUCAUGUAUAUGGAAUCAUAUGGUAUUUGUCCUUUCGUGGCUGGCUUAUUUUACACAGCAUAACCCCUGUUCUUCCUGGGAUCACCUCCCAGAUAAACAACCUGCAGUCUCAGCCUUGUCUCAGGGUCUGCUUUGGGGGGGGGGAAACGUAAGCUAAAACACAGCCGGUAAGUAAAAAAGCCUAGAUUCAAACCCCAACCUGAUCAAAUCUCGUGUGCCAAACCCCGUUUCAUUCCAACCCUGCCUCCCAACCCAUCCUUUGGGUGCCUGUUACAGAUCGAAUUGUGUCCCCCAAAAAUGUGCGUCAACUUGGCUAGGCCAUGAUUCCUAGUAUUGUAUGGUUGUCCUCCAUUUUAUGAUCUGAUGUAAUCUUCCUAUGUGUUAUAAAUCCUUAUCUCUGCCUGUGGUUAAUGAGGCAACAUUAAGUUAUGUUAAAGAGGAUUAGGGCAGGAUGCAACACCCUUACGCAGGUCACAGCCCUGAUCCAAAGUAAGGGGAGUUUCCCAGGGGCGUGGCCUGCAUCACCUUUUAUUUAUGAGAGAUAAAAGGAGACAGAAGCGAGCAGAGAAAGAGGGACCUCCUACCAGCAAGAAAGAAAAGCGGGGAGUGGAGCGUGUUUUUGAAUUCAGGGUCCCUGCGCUGAGAAACCCCUAGACCCAGGGGAAGGUUUGAUGACAACUUUCCCACAGAGCCAACAGAGAGAGAAAGUCUUCCCCUGGAGUUGGCACCCUGAAUUUGGACUUCUAGCCUCCUAAACUGCAAGAGAAUAAAUUUCUGUCUUUUUAAAAAGCCAUCCACUUGCGGUAUUUCUGUUAUAGCAGCACUAAAAAAAAAAAAAAAUAGAUAACUAAAACA